GUGGCUGCCGCUGUGUGUCUCCUCGCCGGCAGGGGGCGAUAUCAGUGCCGCGCAGCUCGUGCGGUAGUGAGGAAGCUGUUGCUGUAGUAACGGGGAAGUGCGCGUCACUUUCUGCGCACGAGUGUAAAUAUAUCACUGUUUUAAGGUUGAUAACGACAGGUAUAAAGUUUAAAGAGAUUAGCGGCAUGAAUACACAUCUAUAAGGCGAUAGAUGAACGACACGGUUUGUGGGUUAAAGUGGAAUGUCUGCAUUGAAGAAUCUCGUGCCUGCGCGCUUCCUCACGCUGAGCGCGCACCUGGUCAUCAUCAUCACUAUAUUCUGGUCGCGGGAGAAUAAUGUUCAGUCAUGUCUACCACUGGAGUUUACUGAAGAACAGUUCAAGGCAGAAGAUACGCGGCUUGUUGUGGCUCUGUCUGUAACUCUGGGUUUGCUUGCUGUUGAAUUGGCUGGAUUCUUCUCUGGAGUCUCAAUGUUUAACAGUAACCAGAGCCUUCUGUCUCUGGUCGCUCAUUCCAGCGCAUCGGUCAGUUUGUCUCUGUUUGUGUUUCAGCAGUGGCCCUGCUGGACGAUCUGGAUCAUAUUCAGUCUAUGCAGUGUGGUUCCAGCAGUUUUGGAGUUGGUGCUACUCAUUUCACGGAAGUAAAAAAGUCUUCAUCACCGGCCCUUGAAGAUUCCUGAAAAAGAGACUGAUUCUUUUGAAUCAUAAGAAAUUCAGUGAUCUUGAAUAAAUCUUCUGAUUUAAGGAUUGUAAGAGCAAUAUAGGAAAUGCAUGUUGCAUGUCCUUCCUACAUUUAGGAAUGUUAAUAUGUAUCACAGCGUUUUUGCACCAUUGCAGGACACUACAGAACUUGGGUGGCCUGUAAAUGGGGCAUAGGGAAAUAGGCUUCUCAUUAGCUCUGAGAAAUAAACAGUAAAAUUUAA